UCCAUUUUGUUAAGUUUUUGCAUUUUAGUCCCUCGUCUCUGUAAAAAUAUCAGUGUUUUAGUGAUGGUCUCUUCUUCUUCUUCUUCUUCUUCGUUUUCGCCGGCGUUCAUGGCGGCGGCGACGGCUGCGGCGGCGCUGGUUUGGGCUUCGGUGCUGAUAGGGCAGUGCUUCGCCGGAGAUCCAUUCGCAUUCUUUGACUGGAACGUGGAGUACGACACUGCUUCUCCGCUUGGUGUUCCUCAGCAGGUGAUCACCAUUAACAAGCAGUUUCCUGGUCCUGUGAUGAAUAUCACCACCAACUGGAACGUGGUUGUCAAUGUGCUCAACUCCCUUGACGAAUCAUUGCUCAUCACUUGGGAUGGGAUCCAGCAUCGGAAGAACUCAUGGCAGGAUGGAGUUCUGGGAACGAACUGCCCGAUUCCGCCGGGAUGGAACUGGACUUACCAAUUUCAAGUCAAGGAUCAGAUUGGUAGCUUCUUCUACUUCCCUUCUCUCAAGUUCCAGCGUGCUGCCGGCGGCUUUGGUGGCAUCACUGUGAAUAAUCGUGCUGUGAUCCCUGUUCCCUUUAACCUGCCUGAUGGGGAUAUUACGCUCUUCAUUGGGGAUUGGUAUACUAGGAACCAUACGGAUUUAAGGAAGACUCUUGAUGAUGGGAAGAGUCUCGGGAUGCCGGACGGAGUUCUGAUGAACGGAAAAGGACCGUAUAGAUACAAUAACACUCUUGUUGCUGCUGGCAUUGACUAUGAGACUAUCAAUGUGCAGCCAGGGAAAACAUAUCGAAUUCGUGUUCACAAUGUUGGUGUGGCUACUAGUUUGAACUUCAGAAUCCAGUCCCAUAACAUGCUUCUUGCUGAGACUGAAGGGUCAUACACUUGGCAACAGAAUUAUACCAACCUAGACAUUCAUGUUGGGCAGUCAUACUCUAUCUUGGUCACAAUGGAUCAAAACGCAAGUACUGACUACUAUAUCGUGGCGAGUGCUAGGUUUGUGAAUGAGUCACUCUGGACCAGAGUUACUGGAGUCGCCAUCCUGCAUUACUCUAAUUCAAAGGGAAAGGCAUCUGGUCCUCUUCCUGACCCUCCUAAUGAUUUCUAUGACAAGUCAUUCUCAAUGAACCAGGCCAAAUCUAUCAGAAUGAAUACCUCGACUGGUGCUGCUCGUCCCAACCCUCAAGGAUCAUUCCGAUAUGGUUCGAUUAAUGUUACCCAAUUUUAUUUGCUGAGAAACAUGCCACCGGUGGUCAUUAAUGGAAAACGCCGAACCACCCUGAAUGGAAUCUCAUAUACUUCUCCUGGUACUCCCCUAAGACUUGCUGACCAAUUUGAGGAGAAGGGAGUGUACACACUUGAUUUUCCCACCAUGCCACCCACUAGUGGAGCUCCUCGUAUUGGAUCAUCUGUUAUCAACGGUACCUAUAAGGGUUUUAUGGAAAUUGUUUUUCAGAACAACGACACGAUAGUUCAGUCAUACCAUAUGGAUGGUUAUGCAUUUUUUGUUGUUGGUAUGGGUUUUGGAGAAUGGACUACUGCCAGCAGAGGUGACUAUAAUAAAUGGGAUGGUGUCUCUCGCUGCACUACACAGGUUUUCCCCGGAGCUUGGACUGCAGUGCUCGUGUCACUUGACAAUGUUGGCAUCUGGAACAUCCGUGCCGAAAACCUCGACACAUGGUACCUCGGUCAGGAGGUGUACGUAAAAGUCGUCAAUCCAGAAAGCGCAACUAAAACUGAACUGCCACCCCCAGACAAUAUCCUUUACUGUGGCCUGCUCAAAGAUAAGCAGAAGGCUCAGACUCCGCACGGUACUAAUUCAUCGUCAUCGGCGUCAAUUGUGUUUGUAAGAGGCAAGUUGCUGAUCUUGAUGCUGCUCUUUGCUGUGUUAGCUGUGAUUCCAUAAACAAUUCCGCAUUUUCGAUAGCCUGAUUAUUGUUCCGAGGCUUCCUCCCCAUUGAGAAACUUAACUUGGUUGUUGUCUUGCAUCUUUUUUAUUGUAAUCAAUAGGGUUUUUUAGGUGUUUCUUUGCAAAUUUUAUGCUGUUAACAUGUUUCAGAGUGAUGUUGGAUUCUGAUAUUUGGUGUUUUUACCAUUCUUUUAUCUAAUUGUUAUGAUUCUCAGGUGUUUCUAAUUUUUAU